CUCUCUCUCUCUCUCUGUGGACAGAGAGUUUAGAGUUCAUCGCAAAAACUAGCAUACUGAGACAUGGCGUCGAUUAGGGGGUCACUUUUAAUCCACAUUUCUGCACUCUUUCGCAUUGUUUUGCUCUUCAACCUCACGAAUCUUUCAUUCGCCGCGGACCCAUUUGCCAACUUCGACUUAGAGCUCUCUUACAUCACUGUUUCUCCACUCGCUGUUCCUCAACAGGUCAUAGCAGUUAAUGGGAAGUUUCCAGGACCUACUCUCAAUGUUACUACUAAUUACAAUGUUGUGGUAAAUGUGAAGAACAAAUUGGAUGAGAAUCUUCUCAUUACUUGGUCUGGAGUCCAAAUGCGCCGCUCUUCUUGGCAAGAUGGUGUUCUUGGUACAAAUUGCCCAAUCCCUCCAAAAUGGAAUUGGACGUACCAGUUUCAGGUUAAGGAUCAGAUUGGUAGCUUUUUUUACUUCCCCUCUCUCAAUUUUCAGAGAGCAGCUGGUGGCUUUGGUUCUUUUAUAAUUACAAACCGUAACAUCAUCCCGCUGCCUUUCAAUACGCCUGAUGGGGAUAUAGUCAUCAUUAUUGGUGACUGGUAUACCCGAAACCAUACGGCACUGAGGAAAUCCCUUGAUGCUGGAAACGACCUUGGUAUGCCAGAUGGGGUUCUCAUUAAUGGGAAGGGUCCUUUCAGAUACAACUCCACGCUUGUCCCAGAUGGUAUUGAUUAUGAAACAAUUAAUGUUGACCCAGGCAAAACUUAUCGAAUCCGUGUGCACAAUGUUGGAGUCUCAACUUGUUUGAACUUCCGAAUCCAGAGCCAUAAUUUGCUCUUGGCUGAAACAGAGGGAUAUUACACUUCGCAACAAAAUUAUACAAGCAUCGAUAUCCAUGUUGGGCAGUCUUACUCUUUUCUCGUUACCAUGGAUCAGAAUGCUAGUAGUGAUUAUUACAUUGUAGCAAGUGCUAGGUUUGUGAAUCAGACUGUGUGGCAAAGAGUUACGGGUGUUGCUGUCUUGCACUAUUCCAAUUCCAAAGGAAAGGUAACUGGCCCUCUCCCCGACCCUCCAAAUGAUGUUUAUGACACAUCCUAUGCAUUGAACCAGGCAAUGUCCAUCAGGCAAAAUGUAUCUGCAAGUGGCGCUCGUCCCAAUCCACAGGGUUCUUUUCAUUAUGGUUCAAUCAAUGUUACUGACGACUAUAUAUUAAAGAGUGUGCCACCUGUGAUGAUUGAUGGGAAACUGAAAGCUACAUUUAAUGGGAUUUCUUUUGUCAACCCUGAUACUCCAAUUAGGCUUGCAGAUUCAUUCAAAGUGAAGGGUGCUUACAAGCUUGAUUUCCCGACCAAGCCAAUGAACAGAACUCCCCAGAUUGACAUAUCCAUUAUUAAUGCUACAUACAAGGGAUUUAUAGAAGUUGUAUUGCAGAACAAUGACACAGUAGUGCAGAGCUUCCACAUAGAUGGUUACUCGUUUUUUGUGGUCGGGAUGGGUUAUGGGGAAUGGACAGAAAAUAGCAGGGGCUCAUAUAAUAAGUGGGAUGCAAUAUCUCGCAGCACUACUCAGGUUUUCUCUGGUGGAUGGACGGCAAUCAUGAUAUCUCUUGACAACGUUGGAGUGUGGAAUCUUAGAGCAGAAAACCUUGACAGGUGGUAUCUAGGCCAAGAGACAUAUAUGAGAAUUAUCAACCCUGAAGAUACUGGCAAUAAAACGGAAUUGCCUGUUCCUGAUAAUGCUCUUUUUUGCGGUGCCCUCGCCCACUUGCAAAAGCCACAGGAAACCACUUCGUCAGCAUCUACUGUUCGUGGAUAUGUAAAGUUGUAUUUCACACUGCUGAUGUUCUUUACUGUUUGCUUUACUGCAUGGUGAUGAGAAGAAUUGCAAUAUGUGGAGAAGCAGCAUUUUAGGUGAGAGUUUUUUUGUUUGGUUUUCCAGAAGGUAAAGACAAAGAAUAUAGCUGCAAGGUUUUAGUUGUGCAGAGUCUGUUUAGUACAUUUUUUGCUCGUUUACUGAAAAUAGGUGGCUGUGGCUGUGAGUGAUCUCAAAAGUACAGACGGAUGAUGA